GGAAGGGAAUCUUUAAAACAUGAACAUACAGAAUCUCCUCAAUCUACAGGGGUAAGCAAGAAUUCGGAAGACCCAUUUUCCCCGGGAAAGAAACAGCCUGAGAGUUCUGAGAUCACCGUGUCCUUCAAAGAGAAAGAGCAUUUGGAUGUGGAAACCUCUGAGAUGUUCAGGGACAAGGAAAGUAGUGAUGGCGAGAUGGCGUGGUCCUCACGGGAAAACGAGAAGGCAUACGACCCGCCAACCACCACGAUGCCGCAUUCAGCAGAGAAUGUUGAGUCUGAAGUUUCAGGAACUACUGACUAUUCACAGGACCAACAGAGGUACGAUGAGCCCGAUGAUUCUUUAUACUUAGGAGAAGAGGAAUAUCUAGAGUCGGCUGUAUUCUCUGAAGAUGCAGAAAGCACCGUGGAAGGAGAAGAUCAUGACGACCCAGAGUACCUUGUCUAUGGUGGGGAAGAGGACCCUGUGUAUUCAGAAACCGCAGAGUUCUCUGGUGACGAGGAGAGUUAUGGUGAUUCAGAACCCGGCAUGCCGCUGGAGGAAGAGGAGGAGGAAAGUAUGGAAGAAUCUUUAAAACAUGAACAUACAGAAUCUCCUCAAUCUACAGGGGUAAGCAAGAAUUCGGAAGAUCCAUUUUCCCCGGGAAAGAAACAGCCUGAGAGUUCUGAGAUCACCGUGUCCUUCAAAGAGAAAGAGCAUUUGGAUGUGGAAACCUCUGAGAUGUUCAGGGACAAGGAAAGUAGUGAUGGCGAGAUGGCGUGGUCCUCACGGGAAAACGAGAAGGCAUACGACCCGCCAACCACCACGAUGCCGCAUUCAGCAGAGAAUGUUGAGUCUGAAGUUUCAGGAACUACUGACUAUUCACAGGACCAACAGAGGUACGAUGAGCCCGAUGAUUCUUUAUACUUAGGAGAAGAGGAAUAUCUAGAGUCGGCUGUAUUCUCUGAAGAUGCAGAAAGCACCGUGGAAGGAGAAGAUCAUGACGACCCAGAGUACCUUGUCUAUGGUGGGGAAGAGGACCCUGUGUAUUCAGAAACCGCAGAGUUCUCUGGUGACGAGGAGAGUUAUGGUGAUUCAGAACCCGGCAUGCCGCUGGAGGAAGAGGAGGAGGAAAGUAUGGAAGGUAUGAAAUGA